AUUCAUUCACAUAUUGACAGCCGCAUUGUGAAGUUGUAAGUCCGCAAGUGACAAAACUAGUGAAGUGUGCCCUUAUUUAUUAAAUUCGUGUGGCCUUAUUAAACAUUAUGUCACGGGUGGUAGUUGUUGGUGCCGGCGCGGCAGGCCUCUGUGCCGCUCGUCAUCUCCUGGUAGACGCAAGCGUAGCACAGGUUGACAUCUUGGAACAGUCAUCACAGCUCGGAGGCACCUGGGUCUACACCGAGAGCGUGGGCUAUGAUGACUUCGGUCUGCCCAUUCACACCAGCAUGUAUAAAAGCUUGAGAACAAAUCUUCCGAAAGAAAUCAUGGGAUUUCCCGACUUCCCGAUACCAGAGAGUGAAAAGUCCUAUCUGCCCGCUAAAGACAUGCUGGCUUUCCUCCAGUUAUAUGCAGAUACACACAACGUCACGCAACAUAUACAAUUCAAUCAGCACGUGCAACUCAUCAAACCCAAAUGUGGAGCAACUCAGGAGCUGUGGGAUGUCACAUACAAAGACUUGACCACAGGAAUCUCACAAACUAAGGAAUACGACUAUGUGUUUGUGUGCAACGGACAUUAUAACACGCCCUUCAUACCGAGCAUACCAGGACUUAAGGAGUUUAAAGGAGAUAUAAUGCAUAGCCACGACUACAGAGUUCCUGAGAUCUUCGCUGGUAAAAGGGUUCUGGUGGUUGGAGCAGGGCCAUCCGGUAUGGAUAUCGCCUUGGAAAUUACCAGUGUCACAACCAAAGUCAUCCUUAGCCACCAUCUACGAGAGCAGCCCCGGACAGUCUUCCCGGAGAACUUGGUACAGAAACCAGAUGUGGCUCGGUUAGAGGGAAAUACAGUGGUGUUUACUGAUGGCUCGAAAGAUGAAGUGGAUGUGGUGUUUCUUUGUACUGGGUACUUAUACAACUUUCCUUUCCUCGAUGCGUCGUGCGGCAUCUCAGUGGAAGACAACUGCGUGGAGCCGCUGUACAAGCAUCUCGUCAACAUUUACCACCCCACUAUGUGUUUCAUCGGAGUGCCCUACUACGUCUGUGCUUUCGCCAUGUUUGAUCUACAGGUUCGUUAUUAUUUGCGGUCAAUGAACGGCUCAUUCAAGCUUCCCAACCGGGAAGCGAUGAUAGAGCACUGGGAAGAGGAGAAACGAGAGCGCGCUGCCAGGGGGUACACAAAACGACAAGCUCAUAUGAUGGGCCCCGACCAGGCAUCGUACUACACAUCCCUAUCAUCGGAGAGUGGUUGUUGCCGCCUACAGCCAGUGAUGGCAGCCAUCCACGACCACAGCAGUCAAAUGUUUCUGGAUGACCUCGUCAAUUAUAGACGCGACAUCUAUAUUUGUGUUGACGAAGAUAAUUUUAUCUGUCAUAAGCAUUACAUUCUAUAAUAGGCACUGACCCCUACUAUAUAUCACUGGACUGGCGGCUGUCAAUGUUUUUUUGUGCCUGUUUGAUAUUCGCCAUUUUGGCGCUGUUGGCCAUGUAGCGAGAGUCUACGGUACUAAAACUAGUGAUGACUCAGACCUCAGCAAAAAACCAAUAGAUAGAUGUUGGGAAACUAUUUACAAUAAAAAUGUGUACUUUAUAACGUUGAUUCAUGAUUAAUAAAUAACACUGAAAACAAAAGAAAUUAAUUAAAAAUGCAAAAAUACUUCAGAGUAUUGCUGUCAAACAUAUGGAACAGCCUGUCCAGUGGUAUUUAUACAGGUCAGUGAUAAUCGGAAUCUGAUUCACAUAAAUAAUGAGAAAUCUUUUUGAAAUGUAUUCCUAAUAAUUCAUUUUAGAAAUAAAUUUGUGUAUAUUGAUAUAGGUACAUACUGGUACAUACUUAUUCUGGUGAAAUAUAAUCUACUUAAAUAUAAACAUAAGUACAUAAUACAUAUUAUAGACAAUUUGUGUCGGUAACUGUGUGUACAAUUAUCGAAAAUUAUAGAAUAUAUUUCUAUGUUCAAAUAAAA